AUGAAACCAGAUAUUUUGGAGGUUCAACCGCAAGAACUUACGUUCUUAUUUGAACUGAAGAAACAAAGCACAUGUUCUAUUCAAAUGAUCAAUAAAACCGAUCACCAUGUUGCUUUCAAGAUCAAGACUACUAAUCCAAAGAAAUAUUGUGUCAGACCAAAUACUGGAGUUAUUGAUCCACAUUCAGCAUGUGAAUUUUCAGUUACUAUGCAAGCACCAAAGGUAGCUCCUCCUGACAUGAUAUGCAGGGACAAAUUCUUAGUUCAAAGUACAUAUGUCCCAGAGGGAACAAAGGAGGAAGAUGUCACCUCUAACAUGUUUGUUAGAGAUGGUAAAGUUGUUGAUGAAAAGAGGCUUAAAGUGAUCCUCAUAUCUCCACCAGACUCACCUGAAUCAUCACCAAUCAAUGAAACAUUAAAGAUUGUGCAAAAAGAUGAUGACAGAGAAGUGAAAGAUGAAAUUGUUCAAAAACAUACCUCUCAUUCCAAGGUUGAUGAGGGCAUGGAAAUGUCCAAAGGAGAUGCUAAAAAUGUAGAGGUAAUAAAGAAAGAAGAACCUAUGAAAAGGAAAGAAGAAGUUGUAAAAAGGAAUGAAGAACCUGUGAAAAAGAAAGAAGAAGUUGUAAAAAAGAAUGAAGAUUAUGUAAUACAGAACAGAGAAUUUAUAAAAAGAAAUGAAGAAUCUGUGCAGAUGAAUGAUAUGGAAGUGCUGAGAUUAGCUAAAGCUGUUGAAGAGAUGAAGUCAAUAGUCAAAGGACUCGAGUCAAAUCUUACUGAGGCUAAAGCAACUAUUUUACAAUUAACAGAAGAAAAAAGAUCGGCUACUCAAGAGAAACACUUCUUACAGGGAGAAUUGGAUUUGCUGAGAAGUAAGAGACAUAGGGCACAGGUGGGAUUUCCAUUGCUGUUUGUCUUUAUGGUGGCACUUGUGAGCCUUUAUUUCGGGUACCUGUUGCACCCCUAGUGCCUUUCUUUUUCUUAUGUUUAUAAGCUACUACUACUACUAGUGUCUAUAUGCCCCCAACUUCUCAAUAAAGUCUCUACUACUGCUAAAACUCUUGUGUCCAUAUAGUUUUGAGGGUCGUUUUCGUCUUUUGGUCUUGGUUGGUGUUCUUAUAGGAGAAUAUAUAAUAUGAUGAUAUGUAGACGUGAUGA